GGACGACGGUGAGAGUUUUUAUUUUCUCUGUGGAAGCGUUAUUGUUCCUCUCUGCCCGCAGUUGGUCGGUGGGGAGGGAAGCGAUGCGUUGAUUCGCGAGGAGGAAAGGCUCGUCUUCGCCGUCCUAGCUGGGCCAGGCAAGCCUCGGCAAUGUCCGGAAGCAGGCCGCCGCCGCAGCACCCUCCGGCCGGGCCGGGCGCUGCGGGCCCUCCGGGCUCCUCGAGCUCCUCGGUCACCACCUCGGCCUGCUUGGGCACCUCGAUGGCGAUGGGCACCGCGAUGGCGACGGGCACCUCGGCGGUUCCCUCGCGACCCGUGUUGGUGGCGGCCGCUGUGUCUGGAUCCUCCUGCAGCGGGGGCCUUUCUCGCCUGGCGGGGACCCGAGUCGGGGCCGGCAGUGGCACAGUCAGCGGCGGCGGCGGCACCAGGAAGAGGCCGCUGCUGACUCCGCUUUGCAACGGCCUUCUGAAUUCCUACGAGGACAAAAGCAAUGAUUUCGUAUGCCCUAUCUGCUUUGAUAUGAUUGAAGAAGCUUACAUGACAAAAUGUGGACACAGUUUCUGUUACAAGUGUAUUCAUCAAAGCCUGGAAGAUAACAACAGAUGUCCCAAAUGUAAUUAUGUUGUGGAUAACAUUGACCAUCUAUACCCCAACUUUUUAGUGAAUGAGCUCAUCCUUAAACAGAAGCAAAGAUUUGAGGAAAAGAGAUUCAAAUUGGACCAUUCAGUGAGUAGCACCAAUGGGCACAGGUGGCAAAUAUUUCAAGAUUUGUUGGGAACAGACCAAGACAACCUUGACUUGGCCAAUGUUAACUUAAUGUUGGAACUUCUGGUGCAGAAGAAAAAACAGCUGGAGGCAGAGUCCCAUGCUGCCCAGCUACAGAUUUUGAUGGAAUUCCUGAAGGUUGCCAGGAGAAAUAAGAGAGAGCAGUUAGAGCAAAUUCAGAAGGAGUUGAGUGUUUUGGAAGAAGAUAUUAAACGAGUAGAGGAAAUGAGUGGCUUAUAUUCACCAGUCAGUGAAGACAGCACCGUGCCCCAGUUUGAAGCUCCUUCACCUUCACACAGUAGCAUUAUUGAUUCUACAGAAUAUAGCCAACCUCCUGGAUUUAGUGGCAGUUCCCAGACUAAGAAACAGCCAUCGUAUAAUAGUACCUUAGCUUCAAGGAGGAAGAGACUUACAGCUCAUUUUGAAGAUUUGGAACAAUGCUACUUUUCCACCAGGAUGACUCGACUAUCAGAUGAUAGUAGAACCUCAACCCAGCUGGAUGAAUUUCAAGAGUGCCUAUCUAAGUUUACUCGCUACAAUUCUGUUCGACCUUUGGCAACACUGUCUUAUGCAAGUGAUCUCUACAAUGGAUCUAGCAUAGUCUCAAGUAUUGAGUUUGAUCGAGACUGUGACUAUUUUGCUAUUGCGGGAGUGACAAAGAAGAUUAAAGUCUAUGAAUAUGGCACAGUCAUUCAGGAUGCAGUUGAUAUUCAUUAUCCAGAGAAUGAAAUGACAUGUAAUUCCAAAAUCAGCUGUAUCAGCUGGAGUAGUUACCACAAAAACCUUUUGGCCAGCAGUGACUAUGAAGGAACGGUCAUCUUAUGGGAUGGAUUCACAGGGCAACGUUCAAAAGUCUAUCAGGAGCAUGAGAAAAGAUGCUGGAGUGUGGACUUUAAUUUGAUGGACCCUAAACUCUUGGCUUCAGGUUCUGAUGAUGCAAAAGUGAAGCUGUGGUCAACCAACCUGGACAAUUCAGUAGCAAGCAUUGAGGCCAAGGCAAAUGUGUGUUGUGUAAAAUUCAGCCCCUCAUCCAGGUACCAUCUUGCUUUUGGCUGUGCAGAUCACUGUGUCCAUUACUAUGAUCUUCGGAACACUAAACAGCCCAUUAUGGUCUUCAAAGGGCACCGCAAAGCUGUUUCAUAUGCAAAAUUUGUUAGUGGAGAAGAAAUAGUCUCUGCGUCAACAGACAGCCAGCUAAAGCUAUGGAAUGUAGGGAAGCCACAUUGUUUGCGUUCUUUUAAGGGUCACAUCAAUGAGAAGAAUUUUGUAGGCUUGGCAUCUAAUGGAGACUAUAUUGCCUGUGGAAGUGAAAAUAAUUCACUCUACCUGUACUAUAAAGGCCUCUCAAAGACACUGCUAACCUUCAAAUUCGACACUGUCAAAAGUGUCCUGGACAAAGACCGUAAGGAGGAUGACACAAAUGAAUUUGUCAGUGCUGUAUGCUGGAGGGCACUACCAGAUGGGGUAAAUAUUUUGCUAAUUUUUUCUUCUUGAUGGGGG